GAAGUCAAAUAUGGUUUAGUUCAGUCCAUUUCAACCAUUUCAAAAUGACACAAAAUCAUGUGUCUGGUAUGGAAGCGUCCGCUGUGUCUGUUCUGAAACGAGCAGUGGAGUUAGACCAGAGUGGACGCUUUCAGGAGUCUUUGGUGUGUUACCAAGAAGGGAUCCAGCUGCUAAUGGACGUGUUAAAAGCAGUGAGAGAAGACUCAAAAAGGGGACACUACAGAGAGAAAAUAAAGGGAUACAUGGACAGGGCAGAGCACAUCAAAUGUCACGUCGACAAGCUGAAAGAAGAUGGAAAAUACCAUGAGCAGAUAAAGAUAGCAGAAGAUGCCACUGGUUACAGCUUUGAGACACUUUUUAAACCUUACGUCAGUAGUGCAUUAACAGAAGUGUGGGUAGAGGACCCAUAUAUACGGCACACACAUCAGCUGUAUAAUUUCCUGAGGUUCUGUGAAAUGCUCCUUAAAGGUUUAGGCAAAGUGAAACAAAUCCACCUUCUCACAUCACAGGAUGAAACUGAAAACCUACAAACAAGUGCCUUGACUGAAAUCAAAGAAAGUCUCAAAACUCAAGGUGUCAAUCUGGAUGUGGAGUACUCCUCUACCAUACACGACAGAGAGAUCAGAUUUGACAACGGAUGGAUCAUUAAGAUAGGAAGAGGCCUGGAUUAUUUUAAGAGACCAAAGGGCAGAUUUUCCAUUGGUUAUUGUGACUACGAUCUCAGACAAUGCCAUGAGACCACUGUAGAUAUAUUUCACACAAAACACACAAAAACAUUGUGAACUUUUCUAAUGCAAAUCAUACACACCAAAGGUACACUAUUCAUUUGUUUUUAAUGUUUAAACAUACUACCAUGACCAGAGAUCCGGUCGUCAAUGCCCCCCGACAAAUGUAUAUACUGGUAACUGUAAAACCCAGUCUGUGCUUUAGAAAUGACUUUGUUGAUGUAAUGAUGCCAUCUUGUGGAUAAUUUAAAUAUUAAAGUUUUACUACGCUUUUAC